AUGGUGACUGCUGGUGCCUAUUUCCCACCCCCGGCCGCUCACUGUCCGCGUGGUGCUGCGUGGCAGGCGGGGAUCCCACAGCAACUGCACGCAGCAGCAGAAAGCACAAGCAGUGCUUUCACGAAAAAGGAAGAGAAAGCGGCGAAAAUGCAAAAAAAAAAAGACACUCUGAGAGACUCACCAGUACAGCAGUAUGCCAACUGUCGUGGACGGAGGACACUGCUGGCGAGGCCUGCGAAAAACGUGGCAGCAGGACGUCUUGGCCGCCNCACAAACCGCAUCAUCCGUGCAGGGCACCAAAAAGAAACGACACAAUUAAAGUAG